AUCCUUGUGUCUUUGUAGUCACCAUGGCAACGGGCGAACAGCACUGAGGAGGAGAGAAAGGGUGUAGUUAGAGACGGGGUGGUGUGUGCGUGUGUGUGUGAGUGAGAGAGAGAGAGAGAGAGAGCGAUAUUCAGAAAGAGGAAGAGAGUGACGAGCAGAAGUAGUGCUCAGGGAGAACCGUGUUUGCAAAGAGAAGAAGAAGACGAAGAAGAAGAAGAGAGGAGCCGAGACAAAGCUGUGUUUUGUGUCUUUUGCUGCCCAACAUGUGUUUCAGUUUGGUGAUGCUGUUCCUCUGUCUCUCCCCAUCAGAGCUGGCGAGAGUUUGGGCUCAGCAGCAAACAGAUGACUGGUACAGUGUGAUCACACACCAGCAUGAAGAGUCGACUGGCGGCGACGGUCAUCCUCGCAGAGUCCCGAGGUCGUCUUCAGGCCAUGCUAGGGUGAGCAGGGCCGUCCUGGGUGGAGGAGUAAGCAUCGACACCCUGCCAGACAACAUGACACGUGUAGUGGAGGACUCUGGCAAGUAUUACACUUGGCGUAGCUUUGGCCCAGAAGACCAGCGCACACAGGAACUAUGGGUAGACAUGACUGAUGUCCGCCACGGCCAUGUUAGAGUCCAUGGCAUUCUGUCGAAUUCAUACAAGCAGGCUGUGAGGGUUGCCCUGUCGUUUGACUUUCCGUUUUACGGACAUUACCUGAGGCAGAUUACCAUAGCAACAGGAGGGUUCAUCUUCACAGGGGACAUUACUCACCGUAUGCUCACCGCAACACAGUACAUCGCCCCUCUAAUGGCUAAUUUUGACCCCAGCUUCUCCAGAAAUUCCACUGUGCAAUACCUGGAUAAUGGUGAGGUGUUUGUGGUCCAGUGGGAGCAGGUCAGACUCAAAGGAAAAGAGUCAGAAGGACCCUUUACAUUUCAGGCUGCACUUUACAAAUCGGGAAACAUCGUGUUCAGCUACCAAGAUAUACCUCUGCCAUUAGAUGUGAUCGGUUCAGCUGAACAUCCAGUGAAGGCUGGUUUGUCUGAUGCCUUCAUAGUCAUGCCACCUUCUCCACAAUCACCAGAUGCAAAGCGGCGGACGAUUUAUGAGUACCACCGGGUUGAGUUAGACACGACAAAGAUCACCAGCUACUCUGCCGUUGAGUUCACUGCACUGCCUACCUGCCUGCAACAUGACAACUGUGAGCUCUGCCUUUCAUCCAACCAAACCUCUGGUUGCAGCUGGUGCAAUGUACUCCAGAGGUGUUCAGAUGGCAUGGAUAGACACAGACAAGAAUGGUUGGACUUUGCCUGUUCAGAUGAGAGCAAGGAUGCCACCUGUGAGGAUUACUCCAGAGAUGACAGCUUCACUAGCUCCUCUAUCACACCAGACAUCAGGGAUGUCACCUCUCUGACUCCUCUACAAAAAGGCUGUCAAAGUGACGAUGAGACCAAACAUCAUAUAUUCAACACUGGCAAUGAGGUGAAGAGCGACGAGUUUUCCAACGCCGGAGUGAUAGCCGGUAUAGCAGCUGUGCUCGUCUUACUUUUGGCUCUGAUAGUUGUAGCUCUUUGCAUCAACUACCAUCCUACAACUUCAUCUCCACUUUACCUCAUCCAGCGACGCAAGAACUACUGGCCCUCCUGGAAGUUUCAAAAACAACAAACUGGCUACACAGAAAUGGAGGGAGAAGGUCACGAAAAAGACAGCAUUGUUGAAGCUGGGCCAUGCUGAAACAAUGGAUGGAAACUGUACAAUAUUUGCAUUAAACUGAUUUAUACAAACACUGAAACACUCCAGUUCAACUUUUACAUUCAGUUUAUGAGUUAUCUUCUUUUUUUUUAUCUGACUGUUCAUGACUGCAUUGCAAAAAAGAUGAGAUUGUCGCAACAGCUGAAUGUUAUAUGAUAUUGAAUGAUUUCAUUCAAAAUUUAUAUCUCUGCUGAAAUAAAUGUGGUUGCACCCCACCCUUUUGUAAAAAUCUAAUCGGACGGCAGUAGACUGUGCAGUGCAUGCCACAAGGCUGACAACCUUAGAAAAAUAGAUAAACUGUGCUCUUUUAAAUCAAAUAAAUAAAGUUCUGGG